AUGCAGCUUACCAACACCCUCCUCACUAUCAUGGCUGCUGCCCUCGUCGUGACGGCAGCUCCGCCCCCUAAACCCGAGAACAACGAGAUCGAAGCUCGUUGGGACUGUCCAAAUGGAUGGUCUACCUGCGGUGAAUGCAACGGCACAUCAUGCCAUAUAGCAUUCUGGAACAAUGACUGUGACGUUGGAAAGUGCACGGUUCAAAGCGGCGGCGGUGAUGGAAAACUCUGCGGUGUUCGUGAUGAUGGCAAAACAGUGUGUCCUGGUCGUGGUUGA